UCGAGUGUUAUAAGACACCAUGGACUUUCUCAAAGCUCCUACACUUUUCCUUGUGGUACUGAGUCUCACCAUUUGGAGUGCUACGAGCGCCCCAAACAGAGGUGGUUAUUGGCCGUCGUGGGCCAAGGAUUCUUUUCCACCAUCGAGAAUUCAAACCGCUUAUUUCACUCAUGUUUAUUAUGCUUUUCUCUCCCCUAACAAAGACACAUUCCAAUACAACAUCGAUGCAACAACAGCGUCUGUGCUUACUAACUUCAAUACUGCCCUUCACAGAAAGAAUCCACCUGUCAAGACGAUGCUUUCCAUUGGAGGUGGUUCGGCUGGCACAGAACUCUUUACCAGGAUGGCCUCAAGUGCCAACUCGAGGGCAAGUUUCAUCCGUUCCACUAUACAAGUGGCGCGCAAAUAUGGCUUUGAUGGAGCUGACUUGGAUUGGGAAUAUCCUGAAACCCAAACCGCUAUGAACAACUUUGGACUCUUGCUUGACGAGUGGCGUGUGGCGGUCAAUAAUGAAGCCACAUCUACCGGUAAGCCACGACUUCUUCUUUCAGCCGCCACUCGUCAUGAGCCAGAAGUUAUAGACAAUGGAGUUGCAAAGUAUCCAGUGGCAUCCAUAAAUAAGAAUUUGGAUUGGAUAAAUGCAAUGUGUUAUGAUUAUCACGGGCCAUGGACUCCCGAUGCAACUGGGGCCCCAGCCGCGUUAUAUGAUCCAAAUGGCAGUCUUAGCACCAGUAACGGGCUACAAUCAUGGAUCAGCGCUGGGAUCCAAAGGCAAAAGUUGGUGAUGGGCAUGCCAUUAUAUGGUUGGACAUGGAAACUAAAGAAUCCAUCUGUAAAUGGUAUCGGGGCUCCAGCUGCGGGUAUAGGACCGGGUAAUGAGGGAGCAAUGCUUUACUCAGAAGUGCAACAGUUCAAUGCCCAAAAUAACGCCAGGGUGGUUUAUGACACGCAAACCGUAUCUUAUUAUUCUUACUCAGGAACGUCUUGGAUUGGGUAUGACGAUGUUAAUUCGGUACAGAGAAAGGUACAAUAUGCAAAAACACUUAACAUAGGAGGAUAUUUCUUUUGGACAGCCGUCGGCGAUCAAGAUUGGAAAAUCUCGCGACUAGCUUCGCAGACAUGGACUGCUUGAAAAUCAAUGGAGAACAAGUGGACUGGAGGAGUGAAAUUUAAUAAAAAGACUAUAGGUUUACUGUAUGCGUAUUCAUAUGUCUUAUAAUAAUUCUAAGCAUUUCAGUUCGCUUGUAAAGUUUGAAUAAAUACACAGCUAACCUAGCUGUGUGUAACAAAGUUAUGAAUAAAUAAAUAAAUUUGGUACAAAAAUUACAUA